AUGAUGAUGGACUGUCGCAGCACGAUAGCAUCCAUCGUCCCCGCUGCCGACCGUGUCAAUAAGAUCGAGCGUCUUCCGGGCUUGAGUGAAGCCAUCAACUUCGAUCAGUACGCGGGCUACGUGACUGUCGACGCCGUGAAGAACCGCAAGCUGUUCUACUGGUUCGUCGAGUCGCAGAGGAACCCCGCCCAGGACCCUCUCCUCGUGUGGCUCAACGGAGGACCCGGCGCAUCGUCGCUGAUGGGCCUCCUGACGGAGAACGGUCCCUUCCGGCCCAACGCCGACGGCAAGACGCUGUCGUUGAACCCCUACUCGUGGAACAACUUCUCCAACAUCAUCUACAUCGAAGCCCCGGCUGGCGUCGGCUUCUCGUUCUCGGACGACCCUGCCGACUACUACACCAACGACUCGCGGACUGCGUCGGACAACUACAGGUUCCUGGAGGGCUGGUUCCAGCUCUUCCCGCAGUUCAAGAGGAACGACUUCUACGUCACGGGCGAGUCUUAUGGUGGCCAUUACGUGCCUGAGAUGGCCAACCUCGUGUUGGAGGGAAACAAGCUCAAGCGACCCGAAGACCGAAUCAACAUCAAGGGAAUCGCCGUUGGCAACCCCGGCGUAGAAUCUGAUUGGUAUUUCAACGUCGACGAAUACGCGUUCCUCACGUUCAUGUACACGCACGGACUGCUCCCUCAAAAGGCCUAUGUCGAUUGCUUCACCGUCUGCGGCUGGAGCGAUUUCUUGACCAACUGCACGAACUCGCCGUUCACGCAUCCCUCGGAGGCGUGCCGGCUUGCGGCGAAGCGAGCCCAGGGCUACCUGCCCACCAACAUCGACUUCUACAACGUCUUGGCCCCGACGUGCCCCAACCAGCAGAGCGAUAUCGACUGGGCGCAGUACACCAACCGCUGGGACAGGCGUUCGUCGGUGGGUUCGUUCCUGGCUUCGAUGCCGUUCAACCCGUGCCUGGAGAACUACAUGGUGCCCUACCUCAACCAGCCCUCCGUGCAGGCCGUGCUCGGCGUUCGCCCCACCAAGUGGGCUAUGAUCGGAAACAUUCACUACUCGCGCAACGCGGAGCUGCUCUACACGAACGAUCUCUACAAGAAGUUUGCCACGGAGACCAACUGGAAGGUGCUGGUCUUCAGCGGCGACGCCGACUCAGCGGUGCCCUUCAUCGGCACCCAGCGCUGGAUCUCGUGCCUCAAGAGACCCGUCAAGAGGGACUGGAGCAAUUGGCAGUACGAUGGCCAGACUGCGGGAAGCGUCAUCGAGUACGAGGGCAUCAGCUUCCUCACCAUCAAAGGAGCCGGCCACAUGGUGCCCUGGUAUGCCCCGCCGCAAGCUUAUGCCUUCUUCGAGCGCUGGAUCCACAACAAGCCGUUCUGA